AGGUUCUUUCUGUUUCCGGAGGCGGCUGUUUGGGGGAGGGGAAAAAAAAAGCAACAAUAGACCCCGCUAUUAAUUCCUCCGACGGCUCCUUUUCGGGGUUUUCUUCCUGGAAGGGUCUCCGGAAGUCGCUCUCUCUCCCGCUUCGCCCUCUCUAUGCUACUUCUAUCGCCGCCAACAUGAUGCCCGUAUUCAAGAGCAGCCGCAGAGACUUCACUUUCGGGCCCUGGAAGCUGACGGCCGCUCGGACCCACAUCAUCAAGUCGUCGGAGGCCGAGAGGUGCGAGGGGAAGGGCCGGGGAUGCCAGGGAACACUGUCGCCAGAGCCUCCGCUUCUGGGUCGGCCGAGCCCUUCAGGUUGCAGCGGGCCAAUUCGGAUGGCCGGCGGCUUUUAUUGAUGGGAUUUCAAUGAAAACAAGCCCGGAAAUCUUCCUGGGCGGCUGAAACGUAAAGUGACCCCCCGCCCAACCGACAGCAUUUUCCAUUUUCCUAAAAAUCCCACCUGAUCCCAAGUGUGCAGAAAGCAAAUGCUUUGCAAGGAGGGCGGGGAUGCUUUUAAGGUUUCUGAACUGGCAUGCUGUUUUAAGUAAUCAAGUUACAAGUGGUACCUCGGGUUACAUACGCUUCAGGUUACACACUCCGCCAACCUAGAAAUAGUGCUUCAGGUUAAGAACAGAAAUUGGGCCCCGGCGGCACGGCAGCAGCAGGAGGCCCCAUUAGCUAAAGUGGUGCUUCAGGUUAGGAACAGUUUCAGGUUAAGAACGGACCUCCGGAACCACUGUAUAAGGUUUCUGCCAGACGACUAAGUCCUCCGAUCAAUCAGAUCAUAUACACUUCACCAGUUAUUUAUAAAUGAUAUGUUUGUAGUUUACUUUCUUGCUUUCUAUGGGCUGCUUCGCAUGCUGCUACAUUUGUGGCAAAUCCUCUUGUUAAAUGCUAACGUUGAUCAGACAAGUGUAUUUGUGGUGCCCAUGUGCUGUGAAGGUAUUGUGGUAAAUUGCAACCUCCAGUGAAUUAACCUCUUGUGGUCUAGCUGGGGACUUAUGAGACUGACAAAAAAUGAAAGGAACGUAUAUGUUUGGGGAAGGUUAGACUCUCCAGAGCUAAUUUCAUCUUAAAUAAGCACAGCUGAUUCAGUGUUACUAUAUUUGGAAUUAGAUGUGGCAUAUUGUAAUAUUCUUCAGAACAAAUUAUGUCUGUUUUAAAUUAUGUAGUUAGUGUGAAAUAGUUCCAAAGUGACAUAUCUUUUUUGUUUCCAUGCAGAUUAGCUGAAGAACUACACAUGCCUUGUGUUCCAGAAAUGAUGUUUGGAGACAAUGUCUUAAGAAUUCAACAUGAAUCUCUCUUUGGAAUAGAGUUCAAUGCAACUGAUGCCUUAAGAUGUGUAAAUAACACUCAAGGUAUGGUUAAAGUUGCCUGUGCAGAGGAGUGGCAAGAAAGCAGGUAAUAAGAUAUAAGAUUAAUCUAAUCUAAUAUGACAAAUUAAUACGUUCAGCUACUUUGGAGCAAUAGCUUAGAUUUUUACUUUUUAUGUCACCCACUUGAGAUGUAACCUGGAGAAGUGCUUAAUGCUUGUCACUUUCUCCCUUAACAUAAAUAACAUAUUAUUGUACAUUUUCUCUUUCCCUCGAGUCACGGUUUUUGAGAUCGUGAUGUAAGGGAACCACCCACUAACAGUGUCUCAUAUGCUUAUUACUUCUUGAGUCCACAACUUCAGUUAUGAUGAAAUAGGAUUCUGACAUUUCUGCCUAAUACACAUGCACUAGCCAACAACUUUGAGCAAAAAACUUGAGCAAAAAAAAUUAUAUGAUUUCUGGUCUAGAAUAAACAAAACUGAUAUUGUACAGCUGAUAAUGUUAUGUCAAUCUUCAGCAUCUCUAGGAAUUUGCAAAUAUACAGGCAACAUUUCCAUAGACUCUAUUAAGAACAGUCUAUCCGUAGAGAUCCUUUGGUUCUGAAACUGACAUGCUACAUGGUUGUGUAUCUUUUCCCCUGAGGUCUGAGCCUGAGCACACAAAGGAAGUUGUUAAACCAUAUGACUGGACCUAUACAACAGAUUACAAAGGAACUCUUCUAGGUGAUACGUUAAAGUUAAAGGUACGUUCUUAAAUCUGCUAUUAACGGCUGCGUACUUUGUAGUACUAAGCAGUUAAACAAUGUCUGAAGACCACUCUUAUAAAAUACAUAUCUUUUAAAUUAUUUUGCCUCUUCCAGGUUUCUCCCACAACAGAACAUAUAGAUACAGAGAAACUAAAAGCCAGGGAACAGAUUAUGUUCUUUGAGGAAAUACUUCUGUUUGAAGAUGAACUUCAUGAUCACGGAGUUUCAAGCCUGAGUGUAAAAAUAGUGAGUUUGGUCACUUUGUACAUGUUAUAUCUUACAGUAGGAAAUGCCUUUAGAGUUUGACUGAAGGAAAAAACGAAAAGGUGUAGUGCCCAAACUUACAUUUCUUUCUCUGUGUUAAAGAUAUUCCAUUAAGAUGUCAGCUAGUUCUCCCCCUCCCCCAGCCCAACAGAAGCUCAGUAUUAUAUUGGUUUGUGUAUAGUACUUGUAAAUUGCUUAAAAGCCUAUUUUGAUAUUAAGCAAUAUAAUAAAAAAUAACCAGUAAUGAUGGGCUGGAUGCAGUUUCCACCCCAACGUUUGCUUUGCUUAAGACUUUGAGACAGGAAGGAUCUAGCUUAUGACGUUCCAUUAAAAGGACAAGAUUAUUAUCUUGUGAAGGCUAUUCCGAUUCAAUUGAAGUUCUGUACUGAUAUUAACCUGAUACUAACUUGCAGUUGGCGCUUUAUUAUUUUUGUGCAAUCUGAGAUGCCGUCUGAAGAUUUAAAUCUGAGUUUCUGAUAAUAAUUACUUUGUAACAAUGUAUAUUCUGUAACACUAAACUUGUGAUUGGUAUGCAUGUUGUUGUUUUUGUAAGAUUUUGUAUUAAAACUGAGUACAGGUCAGACAUUUUAGUUCAGCUUUACUCUUGCAUAAUAUUUACAUUUUUAGAGGAUAAAUAUCCACAAGAAAGUAUUUUAGUUGAACAGUGGAAAAAGAGCUACACACUGAAGUUUUUAUUAGGACAAACGCUGGCUCUCUCGGCCUAUAGAGCGAGAUGAGCGCUGCAACCCCAGAGUCGUCUGCGACUGGACCUAAUGGUCAGGGGUACCUUUACCUUUUAAGAGCAAAAUACUGUAGAUGUGUGCAAGUGCAUAUUAUUUUUCCUGUUUUUCACAGAGGGUAAUGCCUUCAAGCUUCUUUGUGCUCUUGAGGUUUUUCUUGCGAGUUGAUGGUGUGCUUAUUAGAAUGAAUGAUACAAGGAUUUAUCAUGAGGUAAGGAAAUGCUUAUUUUGUUUUAAGACCAUAAAAUGGUUAAUAUUUAGAAAUGAAAUGCCAUAUGCUGUGAUUUAUACGUUUAUUAUUAUUAUUUAUAUUGUCUAGCCAAAGCCAUUACAAAAUUAGCGAUAUCGUGAUAGGUGUAGGAAGAUGGCUUCCUAUUUCUUAGGAAUUGUCAAUCUAGUUUGAGUAGGUUCCUGGAGUCUUAAGAAGACUAAGUACAGACUUCUCUGCACAUGAUUUUUGUCCCCUUAAAACUGUGCACCCUUAGUAGAUUUAUGCAAGGGCACCGGGGGGUGGGCAGUUGCCCUGGAGUAACCAUAAUCUCUGGUUUCCCAGCUUUCUUUUUUUAAAAAAAGAGUAAGUUCCUACCAUUUGUAAAUCCUGUGAUAUGAAGCAAAAUGUGCAGUCGCUUGAGAGAGCAAGCUAGUUCCCUCCCCCUUCAGUGUUCUCCCCCCCCCCCCAAAUCCUGCAGGUGCCUAUGGAUUCAUAGUCAUAAAUACUGAUAUGGAAUCUUGUAGAAGAAAUGCCUUUAAACUAAACUAUUCAGGUUCAUUUUUAAACACAUACUGCUUUCCAUACCCUUCCUAAGGCAGUUGACAACCUUAAAAGACAAUCCAGUAAACAAAAAUUCAAAAUGAAUAAACAAAAAUACACAUUGCAAUAAAUGCAAAUUAAUAUACAAAUUAAUAAAUUCAGUAACCAGAACAUUUGUCAAGUCUAGAUGUCAAGUUCAACUGUCAAGUUUCAUUCAUGCAAUAGAACAGUAUCUGUAAAACUAGACAAAAUAACGUAUUUUUCGCUCGAUAACACACACCCGACCAUAACACGUAUGUAGUUUUUAGAGGAGGAAAACAAGAAAAAAAAUAUUCUAAACGAAACAGUGGAUGUAUGAUUUUUGUGGUUCAUGCUGUGGCCACAGACAUGUGAUCUGACGGUGAGUUUGAGGUAGCCCAGUGCAAAAAUCCUGAGGAUCCAUGUGGACCCAUGCUUUGUAACCACGUUUUUGCACCACUGCGGCCUCAGGCAACAGUGGGUGCGUGUUUUUUUGAUGCAAACUGUAGCCAUGGACAUGCUAUGUGAUCUGAUGGUGAAUUUGGGGUCACCCAGUGCAAAAAUCUUGAGGAUCCAUGUGGAUCUGUGCUUUGUAACCACAUUUUAAGUGGGGAGGGAAGGAAAAGCACUCAAGGGACAAGGAGCACGUGUGGAGCAGGUUCUGCUUCUCUCCCCUCCCCCCCAGUUAGCGAGCUGAAAAUCUUUCCUGCUAUUUCCGGCAAAGCAGGAGGAGAGUGAUACAGAAAGCCUGCUUGCUUUAAAGCAGCUCCUCUCCUCUCCCGCUUUGCUCCUUUAAAGCAAGCAGGUUCUGCUUCUCUCCCCCCCUCCCCCCCCCGGUUAGCGAGCUGAAAAUCUUUCCUGCUAUUUCCAGCAAAGCGGGAGGAGAGCGAUACAGAGAGCCUGCUUGCUUUAAAGGAGCCAACCGGACAGGAGCCGCUUACACUCGUGUAAGCGGCUCCUCUCCCCUCCCGCUUUGCUCCUUUAAAGAAGCAGGCACUCUGUCCCUCUCUCCUCCCCAUUCAGCGGCUCUUCUCCUGCUGGAAACCACGGAGGAGGGAAGCAUUCGCUCCGUAACACGCACAGACAUUUCCCCUUACUUUCUAGGAGGAAAAAACUGCGUGUUAUGGAGCGAAAACUACGGUAAUUCUGUCACUCACAAAUGAUAUGGAAAGAUUGCUUAGGUAUUAUUUCAAAUUGGUCUUGCUUGAUUUAGUUGGUUCCAUACGACCUGGGUAAUUUUCAUUACUUCAAGGAUAUUGUUGGUGAAAGACACACUUGGUACAUUACUUGUUCAGAUUUGUAGAUUAGAGGAUGCCAGAAACUCAUCUUCAUUGAAAAUGAUAGCAAUUUAAGGUCUGAUGCAACAGAUUUCUGUCUUAGUUUAGUCUAAAUGGUAAUGGGAAAAGCAUGUUUUCAAAUCCAACCAUCUGUGUUGUCAAUUUACAUUUAAUUUCUGUGUAUUAAAUUCACAUUUAUUGAAGUAAAUCUGGGGAUCUGAUGUGAGAUACCCACGUAGUGGAAGUGGCCCCCAGUUCCAGUCACCACACAGAGGCAGCUUAAGGUCCAAAAUAGUCCACUGCUAGGAAGAUAAAGCUUCAGUAAUACAGUUUUGGACGUUGAUAUAUACAUACAGCUUGUAGGCUUUGCAGAUACAGAGCUAGACAAAUGCAAAAUAUUUCUGUUGUUCCAGCAAUACAAGAUGUAAUGCAGACUCUGAGUCAAGUACAGACUUACUGACUGACAAAUGAACUGAUACACCUUAAGCACCUAUAUAGUUGGCACUGGGCAGUUGCCAUAGCAAUUGGCUUGGCUGACGCUGCACCUGUUGGCUUAUCUCAUACAAGAGGUGAUUUGUGCCCAUGACUGGAAUUAACCUCUUCCCCAUGACCAGGCCUUCCAACAUGUCUGUCUGUAGAAUCUUAUAUUAUUUUAUGCAGUUACAUUUCCGCUGUUUUCUUUCUUACUAGGCUGAUAAACACUACAUGCUACGGGAAUACACCUCGAGGGAAAGCAAAAUAUCAAGCUUAAAGGUAUUAACAUUUUAAGCAUGAGCGUCUUUCUCUUGUCAGUGUUGGUAACUACUUGAUGCAAAUUACUUUUUGAUAGGGCACUGGCAGAUGCUACCUUUCAUGAGCAUGUACAAGGUUUUAUUACCAGGGAAAUGAAAUUUAAAAAUUUAAAAAAUAUUUCGUGUAUUAAGACCUUUUUUAUUAAUAAUUAUUUUUUACUGAGCUUUUUACUGCACUUUUUCACUACCUGGACAUGUUUCUCAAGCUGCCCAUUUAUGGGAGAGAGACUCGCUUUGAAGCAGAAAUUGGGUAGUGUUAACAUGUGUAAAGGUUAUAUAAACAAUAUGAAUAAUUCUAAUUUAAGUUUAACAGGGCCCCUUUUAAGUCUGUACAGAUAUGUUUUCUCUUUGGCUGGGCUCUGCAUAAUUCUUUCUCUUUUGGUUUUAAGCAUGUUCCUCCACCCCUUUUCACGGAUCCUAAUGAGGUUGCUCAGUAUUUACCUGUCAAGGAGAACAUAUGUGAGAAGUUGGAGUUCCCCGAGAAUUUGCAUCCUGAAUCUGAAGCAGCACCAGAAGGCACUUAAGUGGGAUCUCCGUAAUUUUGUGGACUCGAAACAGACCUUGUUCUGGAGACCAUGUAAUGCCUCGGUCGUUGUCACUGAAGAUUUAUCUACUUGCUAGAUACAGAUCUAUUUGGAUGUCUGACUAAAAUUUCUGUAGCUGUGGAUGGGCAGGAGCAGGGAGCUAAUUUCAAACUUUUGCUAAUGUUUUCGUUGUGUCUAUUUCAAAUGUGCCCUGAAACUGGUUCUGGACUGGAGUUACCUGACAUUGGAGAAAAAGCCCACAAAUCACCAGUAAUUCUUUUGAAGCAUACAGCAUUUCAAGAAAGUUUAGUGGGUUUAGGAAAAAUCAAGACUCAUUCAUAAGCUCGUACAGCUACUAUGAACUUUCUUUUAACAUAGUCUUUGUUAUACAAGGGCCUUGUUUCAUAAGAUUCAUAGGACUAAGCACAUUGGUAAGUUUUUGGAUCUCAGUGGAUGGUAUUACUCUUUUAAUCAGUUGCAUGGUGUCUGUCUUUAAGUAAGAAAUACAUGAGAAACACUAUUUGGCCUUGUUCACAUGCAACAUUAAACCGUAGUUUAAAAUAAACUGGUUUUGCAUAAAUGAGCUCUCCCUGGCUUCUGUCUGUGGCACACAGAGGAGGAAACAAGCCUGGGUUGGACAUGCUGGAACAUGUGACCCUCUGCUUGUGAUUUGAUUCUUGCCAAACCAUGAGUGGUAAAUGAAGAAGAAACCUUGGCUUCCACUUAUGGUUGGUGUAGCUUAGUCAGAAGUGGUGGGUGAUUUCAUGGGUGAAAUAACGAUGUGUAAAGUAUGGUUUAAUUUGGUAUGCGAACUAGGCUGAUGCCUUCUAAAUGAAACUAAGGGCAGCACUGUGUUGUAUAUUGCUCAUGGAGCAAGAUUUUACUUUCCUACCCAAGCAUACCUCCAAAAUCUCACCCUCUGGAGCAAACUGAGGAUGCUUGAGGGGCUACAACGAGGAGAAGGGGAAUGUGAAGUCCUGUUGUGUGAGCAAAAGUCUGUUCCACUCUCACAGACAUCAUUAAGUACAACACAAUGACCGUUUCAUAGAUCUUGGAAAAGCAAUUUAACAAAAGUUUGGAGGCAAAAUGGAACUCGGUUUGCAAAUUGGGGCUUUCUUUGCUCCUCGCCCUACAUCCCGCCAAAAGCAACUCCCGAGGACUGAGGGUCCCUCAAAAUGCAGUGGAACAGAGGAAUUGGAAAAAAUGGACAGGGCUUCCAAUGUGCAUGCAGAAGUUCCAUUUCAAUUUGUGCAAGAUACCUUUGGAUCCAAGCCAAAGAGUUCCAUAAUCAGUUUGGUCCAGUAGUGUUUCACGGUAGGUUGCUUUCUAACAGUUUUGAUGGAGUUGGUUCUUAAGCAAGCUAGGCAUUUUUAAUAGGGAGUAAUCGUUGAAAUGGAUUGCACAGUACCAUAUUCUUGGUGAAUGUUACCUCCCAUUAAAAAAUAAUAAUCCUGGGAGUUAAUAUUGAUUACAUUGCCAGAAUAUGUAAAUUCAUGAGAUUCCUUUAUAUGGUGUCAGUAAUUUACUUUGUAGUAGUCUACUUCAAAUAUGUUUAACUUGUAAUUUUAAGUUAUCAAUAUUUUAACUUAAAACAAUUACAAAGAUAUUCAUAUUUGUGUUCUGAGAGUAAUCUGCUACCAAGCCCUUUUCCUGCCUUUCUAAUGUGCUAUAUAUUUUGGAUGAAAACCUGUGUUUCAUGUGUUUUGUUCUGGUCCUGUUGUUUUUUUCUAAUAAGAAAAGAGAUUAAUUGUACUGCUUGCAGGAGAUGGGGGAAGUGUGUUGUGUGUUUUCCCACCCCUCCAAAGGAAAAGUUAAGUUGGGAUUCCCACGCCUCCAAUGGCAGUGGAAGUUUAGAGAUAUCCUGCUAAUAGCAUAUGCAUUUCUGCUGCCAUGACAGUAUUUCUUCAGUUUCACAUGACGGUGAAGAGUCUGAGCAACUGUUUCAGGCUUGCUUGUUUUUCUGUGCCACCAAUUCAUUUUUCAGUGGUGAGCAAGAAUUUCUUUUUCUAUUCUACAUUUCCCCACUUCUGAAACCUAUCUGCUUUGGAGUUUCAAAGCAGUCAAAUGCUAUGCAUGUUUAAUAGGAGUUCCCUUGAACAUUGUAGGACUUAUUUCUGAGUAAACACGCAUAAGAUCGGAAUACUGAGUUUUAAAGGUGGAUACCAAAGGAUCAAUGGUAAAAAGGUCACCACUGAAGUACCUGCAUAUGGAAGACCUUGACUUCAUGCAAAUCACUCAGUGAUGCAGUUUGCACUGCAAAGUGAUUCUUCUAAAGAAUUGAGUAUGUAUAACCUGUAAAUAACAUGCAUGUGUCGACACCACAAUUUAUGCAGAUGGUCAGCUGAUUUUGUAAUUCUUAGGAAUAUCUCAGUUGCUCAUACUAACUGUUAAUUUUGUUGUGGCUACCUUUCUCUUCUUUCAUUAUUACCAGUCAUAUAAUAAACAGAACAAAGAUGAUGAUUGCCUGACCUGGCGAAGGAACCCGGGUGAAAAUAGACACAGAAAGUUGAAGGACAAGCAAGUCUCUUGUGCUAAAGAUACCCUCAGUAUCUUUAGCACAAGUCUAUUGAAAUGGAGGGAAAUUGCACUGUAUAGCUCCCUUUCAUUUCAGUGGGAUCUGUGCAGAAGCAGUUUAAAGAUUUUCACACACAAAGGCCUCUCAUAUUGUCCUUUAGUCAGCCAAAUAAGUGAUGGUUUGUACUAUAAUCAGCUGUUGCUAAAUAAAAAUGUACGGCACAUUUUAAUCUCUCAA